AUGGGACGCGAUACCUGCUCAUUUAUUGGAAAAGUGCUCAAACACCUUGGUACCAAUAAUAACAUUUGUAAUAUUUCUAUGGCUGAGGGGAUUUUCCCCAAAUCUUUUAAGAGGGCUGUUGUGCAUCCCAUCUUUAAGGGUGGAGACAGAGACAGUGUCAAUAAUUACAGGCCCAUAUCUGUCCUGCCUGCACUGUCCAAAAUCCUAGAGAAGUUGCUAGACACCCGCUUAACAAAUUUUUUACAGAAAAACAGUAUUUUAGCGCCGAAUCAAUUUGGUUUUAGGGUAGGAAUGUCGACUGAAGACGCGGUGGCUUCUCUGGUGGAUGAAAUAGUAAACAGCCUCGAAAAUGGACAGAAAUGCCUGUCGAUAUUUCUCGAUCUUACCAAAGCAUUUGACACUGUCUCUGUUCCACAUCUCUUACGGGAUAUGGAGAGAAUGGGCAUCCGCGGAUAUGCGCUCGGAAUUUUCAAAGAUUAUCUUUCUGAUAGGACACAGUGUGUAAAGAUAGACGACAUUGUUAGUAGCAGCGAGCCCCUUCUCUUUGGUGUCCCACAGGGAUCGAUCCUUGGUCCAACCCUUUUCCUCCUUUACAUAAAUUCCCUGUGCACCUUAUCCCUUCCCUAUUCUUCUAUCAUUACCUAUGCAGACGAUACUGCAAUACUUGUCCGUGGCUCAGACUGGCCAUUAGUGUUUGCUGUGCAGAAUGCGCUCUUAAUCGUGUAA